UGUGAGCACUGCUUGCACCUGCCGUUCCCUAGGUGUUUUGCAAUUGGGACUGGUUGGUGUACGUGCUUUAUCCUCCAGCCAAUCCUCCAACUGGUGGACCAGAGUCAAAAAAAAAAAAGAAACACCCAUACAUCCAACGUCCACCCCCAUCCCAAAGAUAUAAAAACUGAAAAAUUCGCUUUCCGAACAACGUUUGCUAAAGAUUUCCCUUUUUUUGGUUGGUUUUUGGUUUUAACGGGAAAUCUCUGUUCAUUCCUUAAGGGUCUUAUUUUAAUAAAUUAAUCAUGUGUGACGUUGUUUUAGGUUCUCAAUGGGGGGACGAAGGUAAAGGUAAAUUAGUUGAUAUUUUAUGUGAUGAUAUUGACGUUUGUGCCAGAUGUCAGGGUGGUAAUAACGCUGGUCAUACCAUUGUUGUUGGUGAAACCAAGUAUGAUUUCCAUAUGUUACCUUCUGGGUUGGUCAAUCCAAAAUGUUUGAACUUGUUAGGAUCAGGGGUUGUUAUUCACGUCCCAUCAUUUUUCAAAGAAUUAGAAACUUUAGAAGCAAAAGGUUUAGAUUGCAGAGAUCGUUUAUUUGUUAGUUCUAGAGCUCAUUUGGUUUUUGAUUUCCAUCAAAGAACCGAUAAGUUGAAAGAAGCCGAAUUAUCAGAAAAUAAGAAAUCAAUUGGUACCACUGGUAAAGGUAUUGGUCCAACUUACUCCACUAAAGCUUCUAGAUCGGGUAUUAGAGUUCAUCACUUGGUUGCUGAUGAUGAUGAUUCUUGGAACGAAUUCAAAGUUAGAUACCGUCGUUUAAUCGAAUCUAGAUAUAAAAGAUACGGUGAUUUCGAAUACGAUAUCGAAGAAGAAUUGGCCAGAUACGAAAAAUAUCGUCAAUUAUUAAGACCUUUUGUUGUUGACUCAAUUGAAUUCAUGCACAAGUCAAUCGCUGAAAACAAAAAAAUCUUGAUUGAAGGUGCUAAUGCUCUUAUGUUAGAUAUCGAUUUCGGUACUUAUCCUUAUGUUACCUCAAGUUCUACCGGUAUUGGUGGGGUUUUGACCGGGUUGGGUAUUCCUCCUAAAUAUAUUAAAAACAUUUACGGGGUUGUUAAAGCUUAUACUACCAGAGUUGGUGAAGGUCCUUUCCCUUCUGAACAAUUAAAUACCUAUGGUGAAACUUUACAAAAUAUCGGUGCUGAAUAUGGGGUUACCACCGGUAGAAAAAGAAGAUGUGGUUGGUUAGAUUUAGUGGUUUUAAAAUACUCUACUUUAAUUAACGGUUACACCUCUUUAAACAUUACUAAGUUAGAUGUCUUGGAUACUUUUAAAGAAAUUCAAGUUGCUGUUGCUUAUUACUUGAACGGUAAAAAAUUAACUAACUUCCCAGAAGAUUUAGACUUGUUAGCUAAAGUUGAAGUUGAAUACGUUACUUUACCUGGUUGGGAACAAGAUAUUUCUAAAAUCAAAGAUUAUAAAGACUUACCUCAAAAUGCUAAAGAUUAUUUGAAAUAUAUUGAAGAUUUCGUCAAUGUUCCUGUUCAAUGGGUUGGUGUCGGUCCAGCCCGUGACUCUAUGUUGGUUAAAAACUAA